GAUUUAACGACCAAAAUUUAUUGUUUUUUCGUGUUUUCUUGUAAAUUUGAGUGAAAAUCAGUGAAUUUAAGGCAGAAAAUGUCCUGUAAUUACGCCGAAGGACUUUCGGAUUACGAUAACAAAGGAGUUUUGGGGAUUCCAGAGCGAUUUGAUGACGAUGAGGAGAUUCAAAAGAAAUGUCGACAAUUAGCGGAUUGGCUUCUCACAGCGAAACGAGUUGUGGUUCACACAGGAGCAGGAAUUAGCACGUCGGCGGGAAUUCCGGAUUUUCGUGGUCCCAAUGGGGUUUGGACUCUCGAAGAAAAAGGCGAAAAGCCUUCCAUGGAUAUUUCCUUUAACGAAGCUGUUCCUACAAAGACUCACAUGGCUCUUAAAUCGCUCAUUCGUGCCGGUUACGUUCACUACAUCGUCACACAAAACAUCGAUGGACUCCAUUUGAAGUCGGGCAUCGAUCGAAAAUACCUCUCAGAGCUCCACGGAAAUUAUUUUCUCGAACAAUGCACGAAAUGCAAGCGACAAUUUGUGCGCGCGACACAAGCUCCAACCGUCGGACAAAAACUCACGGGAAAUUUGUGCCCGGGCACGAAAAGCGCGCGUGCCUGUCGUGGCGGACAAUUAAUUGACAACAUUCUGGAUUGGGAACACGACUUGCCUGACAAAGAUUUGGAUAUGGCGUAUUGGAAUGCGACCUUAGCUGAUGUCAAUAUCACGCUCGGAACGACGCUUCAAAUUGUUCCCGCGGGAUCGCUGCCCUUUCGCAACAAAAAAUAUGGCGGGAAAACGGUGAUUUGUAAUUUGCAGCCAACGAAGCAUGAUAAAAAGGCGGAUUUGGUGAUUGCGACGUAUGUGGAUGCGAUUCUCGAGAAGGUUUGCAAGUUUUUGGGCGUCGAAAUUGAAGAAUAUAAAGUUGAAGAUGAUCCAACGAAAAAAGUGCCAUGUGACAUGGAAUGGACAAUUCCAGCGCAAAAUGUGAAGCAAAUGGAAAAAGAGUACGACGCGAAAAUAAAAGAACUGAAUAAAAAAAGGAAAGCAGGUCUUUUGGGGAAAAAAGAAGAAAAUUGUGAUGAUCUCAAAAAUUUACCGAAAAAGAAGAAAAAAGAGGAAAUUUCUUAAUUUUUUUAAAGGUUUUACAGU